AUGAUCGACGAAGACUCCAUGUCGGUCGUCAUCACGGCGUGCAAAGAAGUCGAGAGCGACUCGACGCUCGAGCGCGACGACCGCGACGCCAAAGGCCAUGGCAAGGGCCACACGUACACCAUGUACACGGUCUUUGUGCGCAACGUGACGACCGGCGGCAAGUGCGUUGUCCGACGGCGGUACUCGGACUUCUACAAGCUGCGCAAGGAGCUCACGGAGCUCGUGUCGUGGGGCCACUGCAGCGCCUGCGACCACUACCAGCAGCAGAUUGCCGCGUACCCGUUUCCCCGUCGACGUCUCUUGCGCUCGAGUCGCGCGGCCGUCGUGAAGGAGCGCAUGGACAGUCUCGGCCUGUUCCUGCGGCACUUGCUGCUGUGCAUUAUGGCGCGCAGCUUCGAGAGCUGUUCGCAGGCGUCCGAGAACAUUGAGCGCUGCAUCUUGACGUCGUUCUUGCAGAUGGACUCGAGCGAGAGUCUGUUUGCGACGACGGCGUCCAAGCAGCGGCCUAUUGAGAUGUUGCAGGCGAUGGAGGAGAAGCGGCAGCAGCAGAUCAAGGCCGCAGGACUCCGCACAAAGACGUUGGCGUACCCGACGCCGUCGGACCGAACGGAGCGCUCGACGCUGGCUCGGAACCAGCACCAGGUCGGGACCGACACGUGCCACCUCUGUCUGCAAAAGUGGACGCACUGCUAUUGCAACAGCGACCAGGACAGCGUGUACGCGGUGCAGAGUGGUCCGGCAGUGCACGACGCCGAGGGCAUUGCCGAGUCGGCACUGGACGACCCGAGCGCCUCUGCGGGGGACAGUGACGACGCCAGUCGAUGCAGUCGGUGCGAGAACGACUGGAACCACUGCUUCUGUUCGCAGCAGCUGUCCCCCACGGCGUCGUCAGUGUGUACGGACACGGAGCUAUAG